AUGUCCAGCGAUAACGACUUCUCGAGCGUCCCCGUGCUGGACUACUCCCUCGCCCUCUCCCCCAGCACUAAACCCCAAUUCCUCACGCAGCUCCGCCACGCCCUAAUCAACGUCGGCUUUCUCUACCUCUCCAACCACCCCAUCUCCGGCAUCCCCGCGCUCCUCGACUACAUCCCCAAACUCUUCGCCCUGCCUCAAGAAGAGAAGGACAAAGUCGCCAUGGUCAACUCGCCGCACUUUUUGGGGUACUCGAGGUUGGGGAAUGAGUUGACGAAGGGGAAGGUGGAUUAUAGGGAGCAGUGGGAUUUUGCGACGAGGCAUGAGACGAGGUGGAGGGAUGAGAGGGAUCCGGAUUAUUAUAGGGUUUGGGGGCCCUGUCAGUGGCCGAAUCCGAAGCUCAUCCCGGGGUUUAGAGAGACGCUUGAAGGGUACCUCGAUGAAGUACAGGAGCUGAGCUUAAAGUUUAGCUCGCUCGUUGCGGAGGCGUUGGGUUUAGGACCGAACGGUCUUGAUAGGUUUUAUGAUAAACCUGAGCUGAUGCAGCACCGGGCGAAGAUCGUGAAGUACCCGGUUCCGCCUGAUGGCCAGGGAGAAGGACAGGGUGUUGGUCCGCAUUACGAUGCUGGGUUUUUGACUUUUCUUCUACAAGCAUCGGAACAUAGAGGACUUCAAGUCCAGAACUUGGCAGGCGACUGGAUAGACGCUCCGCCUAUCCCUGGAACAUUUGUGGUUAACAUUGGCAAAGCUUUGGAGUUUGUGACGAAAGGCAUCGCCCGAGCAACAUCCCAUCGUGUCCUGUCCCCUCGCGGAUCGACGCCUCGAUACUCUGUGCCGUUCUUCCAGAACAUCUCGUUGACGAUUAAGUUAGCUGAAGUGGACUUGGAGUUUCCACCUGAAAUCCUGAAGUUGAGAGACGAGAGGGGGACGGUGGCCGCUACGGAUUCUGUAAACUUUGGAGAAUUCAACCGAGAACCAUCAGGGAGGGUGAAUCUCAUUGGAAGAGUCAAGAGUCAUCCAGAUGUUGGCGAGCGACAUUACCCAGCCCUGUUCAAGGAGUUAUUCCCGAAUGGCUUCGAAGGAAAGGGGAGUGCGUAUUGA